CUGAGAGCUGAAAUGAAUUAGAGAAGAGUUCAGAUGGAUAAAAUAUCUUGUUCCAUUUGUUUGGAUUUACUGAAGGAUCCAGUGACUAUUCCCUGUGGACACAGCUACUGUAUGAGCUGUAUUCAUCACCACUGGGAUGGAGAAGAUCAAAAAAGUAUCUACAGCUGUCCACAGUGCCAAAAAGAGUUCACACACAGGCCUGUACUGAAGAAGAACAUCACUUUAGAUGCUUUGGUGGAGGAUCUGAAGAAGACUGAACUACAAGCUGCUGCAGCUGACCACUGCUAUGCUGGACCUGAAGAUGUGGCCUGUGAUGUCUGCAGCGGAAGGAAGAGGAAAGCUGUCAAGUCCUGUUUAUCAUGUCCAGCUUCUUACUGUGAGGAUCACCUACAACAUCACUAUGAUGCUCUACCAUUAAAAAAACACAAGCUGGAGAAUCCCUCCAAGACUCUCCAGGACAACUUCUGCUCUCGUCAUGAUGAGGUGAUGAAGAUCUUCUGUCGUACUGAUCAGCAGUGUAUCUGUUAUCUCUGCUCUAUGGAGGAACAUAAAGGCCAUGAAACAGUCCCUGUUGCAACAGGUGUGACUGAGAAGCAGAAGGAGCUCCAGGAGAGUCGACAACAAAUCCAGCAGAGAAUCCAGGACCAAGAGAAAGAUGUGAAGCUUCUUAAAAAAGAGUUGAAGGCCAUCAGUGUCUCUGCUGAUAAAGCAGUGGAGGACAGUGAGAAGAUCUUAACUGAGCUGAUCCGUCUCCUCCAGAAAAGAAGCUCUGAGGUGAAGCAGCAGAUCAGAUCCCAGCAGGAAACUGAAGUGAGUCGAGUCAAAGAUGUUCAGGAGAAGCUGGAGCAGGAGAUCACUGAGCUGAAGAGGAAAGACGCUGAGCUGGAGCAGCUCUCACACACAGAGGAUCACAACCAGUUUCUCCUCAACUAC